UAUUGCCUAGCAUUUCAAAGUACUGCAUUUACGAGUACUAAGGUUGCCGUUGGCCAAAAAAAGAAAUUCGGGAUGAGCACCUCAGUCUGAAACCGCCAAGCUGCACUUUCUAUAGGCCUCUUCGACAUGGUCUUAUAACGCUUUUGAAAAAGAUGUUUACGAUUAUAUGAAAUUGCGAAUUAAGUUUGCAUCGUCACACAUAGGAAGAGAUCGCAGUACUGAAGGGAAGUCGUAGACGUGCAUUGUAUUUCUUUUGCACUGAAACAGCUGCCAAGUUUUCAGUGAGACCAGCGGAGGUCGUGGAAGGUCUAUCUGGUUCGCAGCCUGCGGUCUACUCUCCGUAUGCGCACUGCUCUCGAAGGAGCAGGGCAUCACCGUGCUACCGUUGUGCAUGGCCCUGAGGAUACGCGCAUUGGUCGCUGAUUCCACGCAUCCAGAGCGCCAGACGCAGUGCCUAGAGGCUCACCGACGACGGUGGCCAAUCUGCAGACACUGCAUGCGACAAAUUGCCUACCGAUGCUUCUUCGAUCGUGACCUUGCUGCUCUCGCAACAUUGACGGCUUUACUCUUGUGCUUUCGGCUAUGGAUUCUACAGGGAAGCUUCCCCGAAUUCACCGCGAUGGACAACCCUGCGUCCUUCUCGCCAAUGCGCCUUACCAGGCUGCUGACUUAUAGCUACCUGUGCGCCUUCAACGCCUGGCUCAUCUUGUAUCCACGUAACCUGUCUUACGAUUGGCAGAUGGGCAGCAUACCUCUCGUGACGUCACCGUUUGAUCCAAGGAAUCUGGCAACACUGGCGAUACUUCUUUUGCUACCAGUUCUCGCAUGGCGGGCCUUAAUUUUAUCGCAACACAAAGGCAGCACUGCUGGUGGAUCAAGACAGCAGUGCUGCUACUACAGAACUCCAGAGCAACUGCAAGAGCCUUCUUCGGGACUACUAGUGGCACUGCUUCUUACUGUGCUACCCUUCCUUCCGGCGUCCAACCUCUUUGUGACAGUCGGCUUCGUUGUCGCCGAAAGAGUUCUCUACAUUCCCAGCAUCGGAGUUACACUGCUCGUGGCCGAAGGGUUGUGCCGCCUCCACUCGCGGUGCUCACGAGCGAUCAGGUGGUGCACCGCCAGCUCCUGCUUCAUUCUAGUGCUGCUCUUUGCUGCCCGUACUUGGAGCAGGAACGGCGUGUGGGCCUCUAGAGAAGCCCUGUUCGAAUCAGGCAUCAGGGACCUUCCAGGUAACGCAAAGAUGCAUUACAACUACGCUAAUCUGCAGAAGGACAUCGGCAGCUCUGACCUGGCCGUCAAGCACUACAGGCUGGCGAUCAAGUUGUGGCCAGAGCAUGCCAGCGCGCACAAUAACUUGGGCACUGUGCUGACGUCGACGGAAGAAUCGGAACAUCAGUUCCGGUACGCCUUGCGCGUCAAUCCAAAUCAUCCAGGGGCUCAUUUUAACCUCGCCAAUAUCUACAGCAAGCAAGGCCAAAAGGAGGUUGCCCGGACUCUGCUGGAGCGUGCGGUAGAGCUGGAGCCCGAUUUCUGCGAGGCCUACUCGUCCCUAGCAGCGCUGGCCGCCGAAAGGGGAGACCUGGCUGAAGCCGAGAGGCUGCACCAGAUGGCGCUAACGAGUGACGACCAAAAUGCGGAUGCGCGCAACAACUACGGAACGUUCCUUCAGUCACACGGUCGCGCGGCAGAAGCCAUGACACAGUACCAGCAAGCUCUCGACCUCCAGCAAAAUCACACCGUGGCCCUCUUUAACGCAGCUAGAAGCCUUCGGAGCAUGAACCUCAACAUGCAGGCCGAGAGUCUCUACAAGAGAGCCCUUGCAGUUGAGCCAGACCCUCAGGUGAUGGACAACCUCGCCGUCUUUUACGUCAGUGCUGGUCGCCUGGACGAAGCAAGGCAGCUCUUCGAAGAAAUUAAUCGGCUCUUUCCUGAACACCGCGACAGCAACGUUCAUCAUGCUCAGCUGCUCAUUCGCCUCCGAAGCUUCCGAGUGGCCGAAGAGCUUCUCGUAGACGUCAUCGAGAAUAACAGCACUGACAGAGCGGCCUUGCACACGGCUGCGCUUUUGUACAACCACAUCAACCGCACAGUCGAGGCACUGGACUACGUACUGAAGGCUCUAGAGCUCUGCGACGUUGAUGACCUGCUCUGUGCUAGAAUACACAGUGAUCAUGGUGACAUACUGAAGGACUUAGGGGACCUCAACUCUUCAGCACAGAGUUACGAAGUCGCUAUUCGUCUUGAUCCCAAUCUCGCUCAUGCACAUCUGAAUCUCGCCGUGAUAAGGCACUUAGAGAACGACUACCCUGGCGCUUUCCGACACUACCAAGUGGCUCUGUCUCUCGAUCCAAACAACAAACUCAUCAUGGACAACAUGGCCAAAUUAAGUCGGCGAAUUACUAGGCCACUGCCGUUCCACGAGUGCGUUUAGAGUGGUUGUAUUGUCUAAAUGCAUUUACUGUGCUGCUUUUCUGUAUAGAGACAUUUAUUCUUUGUACUGUAGAUGUUCUGGCUGGAUUGAAACUGUACCACUUUUUAGGUUUUGCAACUCUGUCAUUGUAAACGCGGACGCCCGGUAGAGGAAAUCGAAGGGUGGUGCAUCAAUACCAGGGCUCGUUAUGAACGAUUCUACGAUUUUAACUUCAUAUUUUACACAAGUUGAGCAUUAGAGCAUCCUGGUAUUUCACAGAGGGUUGCUAAAGCCACAUCCAAAUAUGAUACAUACUUCGGAAUUUUACGUCACUGAUGGGAACGCUAAUAACUGUCCAAAAGUAUUCGAGGAAACCGUCUAAAGUCUGUCGGCUGCAAAUAGCCAAAAGCAGGGCCUGUUCCGUACACUCCUUCUCAUAAGUGCAUGGUGUACUUUUGAAACCACCAUACCAUGUUGCUGUGCUGUGCCAUUUUCGCAAUUUAAUUGAUUUUCCAAUCGGUCUAACAUACGGUUCCUGGAAAUUUUACUCUUUAACGUACAUUUUCUGCACUCCUUUAUUUUGUGGGGAAGGAUAUUACUCUGCAAAAGUUUCGUCCAAGUCCACCAAACCAACAGCGAAUGUGAACGAAAACGAAUGAACACCGUGAUACUGUGUCAUAUAUUUUCUCUCAUUACGCAUUUCCAGCGCACAAAAAAAUCUAACUAAUGAAACUUGCUUGUGCAUUGGUUUAUGGUUGUCAUCCUGUUUAAUUUGACCUUUCCUUGCCACAAGCUACGUUGAUUCCUCUAAAUAGGAAUACGAUUCAUUCGAGUGGUGGCAUAAGACUAUGCAACGACGUGCCUAGAUUUUCGACCCUCAUGUUAGUAAGAGCGACAUUGGAGCGCUACUCUCUCAAAGUGUGACCGAUUUGCUCAGAUGUGUUGCCGUGUGACUAGACGCUUCAACAUUGAGCGGUGUAUAGAUGACAUUCCACUACGAUGACAUUCACAACGAAAUGUCACCAUAGGGUCAAAAAAGGCUUUCUUUUUACUUGGCUGGUUGAAGAAACGAAUGAUUGCUCAAGUUCAAUCUUGUGAUAUUACAGAGAAAAAAAAAAGAGCAAAGAAGCAUCCUUAGGCUAUUACAACACUUCAGGACGCCAUCUUUCUGAUGCUCCUUUGAAAUUGUAAUGCGUGUUGCUUCAUUCGCGUAACUUCGUGCACACGUGCCCCUUGUGUAAAGCAAACAGGCUUUGCAAGAUCGAAACUCAGUUAUAACAAGCUGAUCUAUGACGCUUACUUCAUUACAAAAACCUUGAUGGUGGCGGUCUCUGUGUACUGUAAGUGUUCAUCGUACCCAAAAUAUUUCACGCAUCGGAUAUGUCGCCUUCCUUCCACUAUAGCUGCACAGCGGCGUCUCGACUGCGAGAUGAGCUUGCAAGAGCCGUUACUCACGUCGCCUUACAUACCCAGAGCCUUGCACGGGUAGCCCCUCUUUCGGAAGAGUGUUUCACUGUAUGAAUUAUUUGUCAACUGUCGCGAAUGAUAGGUGUACUACAUCGAUAUUGUUGCUUGCUGACGUGGAAUCAUCUCAACCAAUGCUGCGUUUUUAUAGCCCACAAACAGUGAUGUCAUCGAGCCCUUGGAAGUUUGCGUGAUGUCGUGUAUUUGGCAGAAGUCAGUUUUCUUACCAUCGAAAAGGUGCAUCUUCGUUUGGUAGAGUUAUUUUUUUAAUAUAUUGAUGAAUUGGAAUGGACAGUGUCUCUGCCCCACACGUAUGCUUGUCUGUCCUUACGUAUAAGAGUGUCAUUGCUGGAAUUAUCGUUUCACAGGUGUGCGACUGUUGUUUGUGCGUAAACAAGUUUGUAGAAGAUGUCACGCUGUCGCGUUAUCCUACGUUUUGAAAGAAAAUGCGAGGCCUUCAAGAAAACACUGUCUGGUGUGGUUACUCGAGUGCUCGGGUAUUUUGUUUCGUUUCAAUACAACUAGAGGCGUGCUACAACUCUUCCACUUCACUGAUGUUUUUUUUUUUGAUCGCAGAAGCGGCUUUUCUCGCGGUUUCUCGCAUUUUCUCGUUUCACAAAAACUACGCGAUCGCUUAACAUGGCUCAACACAGGGCAAUACGCAUGAGUCGGCGUGUACGUAUAGCCAACUGUAAUACCCCUACAGCUUCACCGCACACCGGCGCUUUUCUGUGUGGAAUCACGGAAUCAAAACAACAUACACUGUUUCACUAAAACCUGAAUCCGAGCCAGUUGGUACAGCGACAUAUUUGAAACCAAACAGUGUAAACAGGGCAGUACAGUAGACAGGACGAGCCAAUUCUUUCUACGAAUCGCGUAGCAGCCUUUAACAAAGCAUCGUAUUCUUAGGUGUUUACGGGUCACAGAACACAAUGCUGGGGGCGAGGACGUACUGAGUCGCCAUCUGUCGGAAACGCCACGCUUACGUAGUGUGAGGGAUAACGCGAGGCGCGCUCCUCAUAGGUUUGGCUGUCUGCGCGCAAUAAAAACGCCACGCCGGAGCCUUCCUGGACAUUUCCGUAAGUACUCUCAAAGCGGGGUAUGUUUUUUUACGGUCACAUUUAUGAUCUUGGGCGAACAUAAAGCGCAGAGUGGUUUACAUACGUUAUCUCUUUACGGAAUUCUCUUAGUGAAUGACCACGGCACGUUGUCGCUGCGAUGGAGUCCGCCGAACUGGCUUCUUGCGUGAAAGGUAGGCAGCUUCUGGGAGAAAGCUAUGUAAAGUGCGUUCUAAUAGUGGGCUGUCUGUAUAAGGAAAUGCAGCAUCAAAAAUGAAGUCUCGAUGCAGUGAUCGCACGAGUUCGCAGCGACCGACUGCGCGUCUGCACACAUGUCCGCGCACAUUGUUUCGCUUCAUGCCGUGAGCUUUAGGCCCCAGCUCAUGAGCAUUUCUUAGUACACGAGCAACCAUUGUUACGUGGACCACUCACGAACCUCCGCCGUGUAGGUUUGUGAGCGGUGGCGCUGGCUAACACUCCCAAGGUUAGUUGUAGUCGUAAAACAUAAAUACCAAAGAAAGUGGAUGGGGAAACUGCGCCGCGGUAGUUCAAGUGGUUAGAGCAUCGCACGCGUAAUGCUAAGACGUGGGAUCGUUCCCCACCUCCGGAAAGUCGUUUUUUCAUCCACUUUCAUUGCCAACAAUUUAUCAUUUCUUUCCCCCAAUUCGUAAGUACAAGUAAUUUCUCCUAUGUUGUCCUUGCCGUCUUUGCUUGUUGGCUUCUCAUGAUAUACUGGGGUGGUAGGAAGAGAAACGCUGCCACGUCGCGAUACUAUAACCAACUCACUUCAUUCUACACGCCUUCUCAAGCAUACGCGUUCCGCUCGCGCGCACUUCGCCGCCUUCGGCAUUUCGGUGCAUCUGCGCCGCCACAGGCCUUUUUUAAAAAUUAUUUCCAAAGAAACUUACCUCAUGAGAUCAUAGGAGAGUAAUGUUUUUACACAAUGAUACCGCAAACAAGAGUUACAACUAAAACAAAAGUUUUUUUUUUUUUUCUGUAAAUCAUACUAGCCUCAAAUUAUGCACUUAGUGUCGUUUUUGUUCGAGGAAGUGGAAGUGAGGGCAAGUGUAUUUAUUGUAUGGCGGAUGAUAUUUGCUCUGAAAAAGAGAGCGACUUUCCGUUUUUCAACUCACGAGAAUUUGAGCCUUGAAUGCAGGAAAGCUGCUAGCUAACCAACUGAAAGAUCUCCUAAACAUGAGGGUAUGUUUCAGGGGCAUUGCCUUAAAGUGUACGGGAGAUUCGCUCACCAACAAACUGCAUUUGCGAAUAGCGUUUACAAGCAUGUGUCACGUACAUUACAUAGCAAUAACAAAGUCUUUUCUCAUCCACCAAAGAGAGCACACAAAUAGAAAGCGUGUUGUAGUCGAAUUGCUCCCCUCAACUAUGAUCAAUGUACCAUUUGUUAGCCAUCUAUACUACAUACAACACAACACCACAACAAGUUGACUGGAAUAAUGCAAACAGUGACGCAAUUUGAGAAAAACCUCUGAAUGUCCUUUUGACUUGAACCGGGUGUGAUGUAAACAGAGGUCAAAGCUUCUUUCAUUGCUAUGAGUGUAAUGUGGCUCACACAGGCACCAAGUGUGUCGAAACGGAACGAAAGCAAACAAAACGAAACAAAACGACACUUUUGACGGGAGCCAAAACGUAACCAAAACAUUAUUUGUUAUUCUUUUUCGGAGUGAAAGCGAUAUAUUUUUUAUCGGCUUUCGGUUCAAGAAGAAAGUGGGCAAUCCGGUGCAACUGGCGUCAGGCAACUUCAGGAUUAACGCGUAUGUCAGGGGUCCACACAAACGUGCAUCUCAGGCAGGGACAGUACAAGCCAAAGCCGGUCGAGCGCGCCGCGCCGCUAAUCUAAGCCUGCCGCUCGGUGCACCAGAAGAUCGGCACCGUAGCUGUACCCAGUACUUGCGCACUCAAGAGCUUAUUGUUUCGUCUCGUACGAGUACAAUGCUUUGUUACCUAGGUUUUAUCGUUCGUUUAUGUUCUUUUAGGUUCGUUUUUCGGAAAAGCAGCCUCGCAUUUCAGCCAGUAUACUCCUUGACGUGUGCUACUUAUAUCAUUCUUAGUGCUUUGCCUCAAGGCACAGAACAUGAUUUGAAAACUCAUAAUUCCUUUAGAUUUUUUAUAGCUACCUUGCUUCGAACAUUUUCUCAUGCGAACCAAAACUCUUAUGAACCGCUACGAAUCACGUCUUUUUUUUUUUUUUUCGUUCCGGAGAAGAACCGGAACGGAACUUUUUUCAGUGAAACGAAACCAAAAACUAGAAUGAAGGCUGUUGGAACGAAAUGCCACAUGGACCGCAGGCUACGCAGCGGUCAUGUCUCGAAUCCUGGUCAGACGUAUUUUUUUCUGACACUGCCGAUUAUCUACAAUUGAACAAUUCCAGUACUUACAUGUAUUAACUUGAGUAAAUAUGCAUUUAUUUUGCAGAUAUGAGGCGUCACGGGAUAGAGAGAUUUCGCUGGGGUGCUAGCCAAAGAAUGUUUACACAUUAAAUAUUUUAAAAAUCAGACAACAACAUUCGUACAAAAUUUUUAUUCUGCAUAUACCAAAACAUACAAGUGUGAGCAAACUCAUUGCAAGAAUUUAUAAGCCACCCUCUAGGUGAAAAAAACAUUGUGAAGAUACAAUUCUAUGUUUUCACAAAAAUGCCAAUAAUCUCAGUCUUCCUACGAAGCAGAUGGUUACAUACACCAAUACCGUUCAGGACUCAAGAAAUGCUUGCCGCUGGCCUCCAUUGGCUGAAUAAUAGUCAAUGAAAAUUUGAACAAUUAAUUACUGCUGGAAGUAGUGCGACAAUACCCGUACCCUCUUAUCUUCGAAGAUUCCUCGACGUACGUUUCCCAUCGCAAGUUCUGCAAACGCCUGUUCAGCGGAGUCCACCCGAUAGCAUUCCAAGGAUUUCUUGUAAAUAUCUAAAUAAAUAAAGGCUACAGCGUUUCUCCA